AUGGGUCAUAUUCUUACAUUAUUAAGGCAACAGUUUAAUGACAAUUACAAAAAGAUGUCGAAGGCCACAUUAUGGAAUAACAUAUUAUCAGAUUCUCAAUUAGAAAAAUAUGGUUUAAUCCCCGAAGAAGUCUACAAAAAUACAACUUUAAACUCUGAUUCAUUUCAAACUCUUCAAUCCUUCAAAUUAUCACCAGAAAAUUCAUGUGACGAUGAUCAACAUACAUCCAUGGAUAGUGCAUUAUUGAAGCCAAACUCAGACUAUGCAAAGAAAUGUGUUCCAAGAGAAUAUUUAAAACGUUUCAUAUUUCCUAUACUUUUGCCUGCCAUGGAAGCAAUGCUUGAACAAGCUAAACGAAGUCACUGUUUUGAGAAAAAACGUUUCGGAUUCAAUGGAUUGGAUUUUUUAACAUUUUAUUUAUAUAAAAAUAAUCUAUAUAUGAAAGAAGAUUAUGAUCGUAAAAAUGUACAACACAUAUUAGAUAUACCAUGGGUUAUUGAAGAAUUGAAAAAACAUCCACGUAAACCAUUACCACUUAGUUUACAAUGGACAGAUGAAGAAGCAGCAAUUAAAUUACAAUCAUAUUGGAGAGGUUAUCUGGUAAGAAAAAUCCCAGAAGUUUGUGAACUUCGACAAUGGCAAAUGGAAUGGAGAAGAUAUAAUCGAUUGAAAGCUAAUCAAUUGGAGUAA